CACAAACUAACCGCCGCGCGUGCAGGAGUUUGAUACAUUGUUUCAUCCCGCCGCGUAUUCCAGUUUUUAUUUUGAUACAUUGUUUCAUUACGCCGCGGAUUCGUUUCUUUGAGACAUUGUUCCAUUCGAAUUCGAAUCUUUUUUGAUACAUUGUUUCAUCUCGCCGCGGAAUCGAACUCUUUUUUUUUUGAUACAUUCUAUCAUUACGCCGCGGAUUCGAUUUGUUUGAUACAUUGUUUCAUUCCGGCGCGGAUUCGAACUGUUUGAUACAUUGUUUCAUUCCAGCGCGUAUUGGAACUCUUCUGUUACAUUGUGUCAUCACGCCUGCAGUGAUUGUGUUCCUGUGAUGAUGAUGAUGGAGCGCUGGAAGGGGAGAGUCGCACUGGUUACCGGAGCUUCUGUCGGUAUAGGAGCGGCUGUGGCUCGCGCUCUCGUCCAGCACGGGAUGAAGGUGGUCGGGUGCGCGCGGAACGUGGACAAAAUCGAGAAGUUGGCGGCGGAGUGUCAGAGUGCAGGAUACAGCGGUAUCCUCAUCCCGUAUAAAUGUGAUCUGUGCAAUGAAGAAGAGAUUCUGUCCAUGUUUUCCGCCAUUAAGACGCUUCAUCAGGGAGUGGACGUGUGUAUCAAUAAUGCUGGUCUGGCACACAAUGAGCCUCUGCUCAGCGGACGGACAGACGGGUGGAGGAAUAUGAUUGAUGUGAACAUUCUGGCUCUGGCCAUCUGCACACGAGAGGCCUAUCAAUCCAUGAGAGAGAGACAUGUAGACGAUGGACACAUCAUCAACAUUAACAGUAUGGGUGGACACAGGAUGGUGUCCAGUGCUGAUGAGCACUUCUACUGCGCCACCAAAUAUGCCGUGACUGCAAUGACAGAAGGACUGAGACAAGAGCUGCGGGAGGCCAAAACACACAUCAGAGCCACGUGCAUAUCACCUGGAAUAGUGGAGACUGAGUUUGCCUUCCGGCAUCAUAACAGCGAUCCAGAGCGAGCCGCGGCUGUUUAUGAAAGUAUAAAGUGUUUGAAAGCUGAAGACAUCGCCAGUGCCGUCACAUAUGUGCUGAGCGCUCCUGCUCAUGUUCAAAUCGGUGAUGUGCAGAUGCGGCCUGUUGAGCAAGUGUCGUAGGAUCAACAUGAGUGACACCUGCUGGCCAAAACACGUAUAACAACUAGUUUUAAAGAACUGAUUGAAGGGAAUUGGGUUUGCAGAUCAGAUCAGAUCAAAUGUGUGAAGGACGCGGUGAUCUGACGCUAUGCUCGGGCCGGAGAGCACGAUUUACCUCCGUUUAACAUUACCGUCUCUGCUGCUGUCUCAGAUAUAAUGGGAAAGUCUCUCUGCAUUGUUAAAAACACACUACGAACUGGAAGACAUGAUGAAGUGUGUUUGUGCUUGACAGCCUAUACAGAGAUAAUGCCAGGAACUGCACAUUAUUUAGCUCUUUUUGUUUUUUUAGGUCAUACUCUAUAGGGGUCUGUUGAAGAAUGUGACAGGAAGGCUAUUGUUGCCGGUAGUAUGGAGCUAAUUAUGUGACAAAACUAUUUGCAUUUUAUGGAGUUGAAUUGGUGACAAAAAUAUUUUUAAAUAAACAAGUGCAGUGCAUAUAUGAGUACAUCCAUCACAAAUCUAUCUUUUAAAUCCAUGUUUACUAUAUGAUGCUAUACAAUAUAAUAUCUGGGUAUAUUAGAUUAGAUGCAUUAGAUUAGUCAGCACUGAAGCUAAAUCUGGAGAUAAUCUAACAAAAUAACGUAUGAUAACCGUCCAAAAAUUGGUACACCCAAAUUUAUAUGUUAGGGAAAAAUAUUUGCUAAAAAUAUUUUAAAAAGAGGAAAAAUCGAGAUGUAUUAAAUUGAGUUGAAAGGCUGUAGAUUGUAAAUGAUAUUUUGCAUGAAUUUAAAUGUAUUAUCUAUUUCUAAAGAUGUUCGGUGACUAAAAUAGUGUUGUAAUGAAUAUAUCUGUUUAACAAUUCUGUUUUGUUUAAAUGCACCUAAAUAUAUAACCUAUCUUCACUGAAUAAAUUGAUAAAACUUUUCAUGAUAAAAAUGGGGUGUACUUAUUUAUGCUGAGCACUGUAUAUUUAAUUAUUUAUAUUAAAAUUAUUCAUUUUUAAUAACAUUAAUAUUAAAUGCCAUUUAAAAUCAAUUGGGGUUUUUUCGUUUUUGUUUCACUUGAAUAUUGAACAUUUGAAAUUGAGAGACAACUGAUUUAUUAAUCGAUAAUUCGAUUUUAAUAUGAUUAAGACAAUACUGUGAUUAAGAGUCCACCAUGUCAACAGCUAAUUUUUUUGAUGACCUUAACCUGACCAAAGUCCUAAUGGAACUAAACAGAAAUGGAAGACAUGUGGAGUAUGCUGAUUUUAGUCACAUUGUUGAAGUGCAGUACAGACAUGUAAACACCGCCAUCAAACUAUUACCAUGUUGUUGACUUUUCAGCCUGUUUUGCGACAGGAUAAUCCAUACACACAUGACUGUUUGACACUAUUCACUGCACCUACCGAGUCAGUUAAGGACCGCAGGUGCACACACCGCGAAAUGCAGAGCUUUAACUUGUAAAACGGGAUCAUGAAAGGAACGUUCAAAAAGCAACUCAUGUAAACGCCUUAAUCAUAUUAGUGUCUUAUUCAGAUUAAGGAAAAUAAUUUGAUUACUGAUGUCCAUGUAAACGUAGUCACUGUAUAUGUCGUUCAUUUCGAACGACAGAUUUUUUGUUUUGUUUUGUUUUGUUCUGAAUUCCAAGUUUUCAAGAUAAAGAAGAAACUCUGUACAUCAAAUUCAAUAUUCUAAUAUUUAGAUUGUGCAGAAAGUAGGUCAGAGGUCAUCCACAGGAAAAAGUGAGGGAUGAAUGCUGAUCGUGUUAAAUUUCAAAUGCUCAAUAUUCAAAUAAAAGAACAAUUAAUUAAAAACUGUUUUAAAGGGGACCUAUUAUGCCUGUUUUUACAAGAUGUAAGAUAAGUCUCUGAUGUCUCUGAAGUGUGUGUAUGAAGUUUCAACACGAAAUACCACACAGAUAAUACUUUAUAAUUCUCUAAAACUGUCCCUUUCAGGCAGGGGUCUCAAACUGCUGGCCUGUGGGCCCUUUGUGCCCCCCCUCCUCCUCCUCCCUCCAGCCUGCAACUGACGUCAAACAUAUAACGAGAUUCGGCCUCCCAAAACAUAUAUUUCUGAAUCACUAUCAUUGUCGUGCACUCGCAUUUAGCCACUUGUGGUUUUGACCCCCACCUACUGGACAUUUAAAGUACUGUACUAUAUGUUUGGGUUACUUUCAGUUUCUCUUAGCGUGCGGUCGAGAGUAACACACAUGCAAAUUAUUUCUGGAGCUGAUUUAAACGUUGAAAUACUUCUCCGUAAGUGCUCUAUUUUUACUAAAGCUGUAUUUUUGUAAAAAUUCAAGGGUCGUUUGAUUAUAAUCAGUUUUAUGCCACCUGUAUUGUGUUGUACAAACACAUCUUCAUGGCUUUGUGCUGUUUUGGUGUCUGUCGCUUUAAAUUCAAAUGAGAUUAAGCUUUUCAACUUUUCAGAAGAGGGUGGAGCUACAAAUGCCUGUGUGUCAGCAUAGUUGCAGAUUCAAAAACAAGCGUUCUAUGCUAAUGAGGGAGAGAUGGUCAUUAGUGGGCGGGGCUUUAUUCCUCUGAUGACACGUACAAAGGGAGAAUGUCAAUCAAAGUGAUUUUCAUAAAGUCUGAUUUUAAAAAAUGUCAUUAAUUAAUGUUCACCAUUAGACACUGGUUAAAUUCACACUCUCUUAUCACACAACGGUUUAAACCCCUUAUAGAAGUGAUUUUUUUUUUGCAUAAUAGCCCACUUUAAAUGGUAUAUAAUGUUCAGUUUUAUUAAAUAACACAUUAAUAAUUUAAUAAAUUGUAAUAGUUUUGUCAUAUUAUUAGCUCCAUGUGGUUGAGGUGUUAAUUACUGUAUAAAUUUUUUACUUCUAACUUGAAUUGUAUGUAGAUGUGGUUCUCAAACCGUAGAUUGGAUCCUUUAACCGUGUGUUCGUUUGAUAAGGGAGAAAGAGCUUUGAAUGCAGUCACACUCUGAAUCAGGAACCCAGUCAUUGAUGGUUUUUACACUGCACUUUCGCUGAAUGAAAGGUAUGACACUGGCUUCUUUCAUAGGAAAACAUGUGUAUGGAAACACUGUAGUAAACACUUGAGAAGAAAUAACACUUGAUAUAGUCUUACCAAUUAAACAUGAUGAUUGUUGGUUCUGUAUAAAUGGCUUUCCCUUUCACCUUACACUAAAAAAAUCCUUAAAGUUAGCAGUUUUAUAAUGUAUUUUGUGAUUCAUUUCCCUAUUUAUUUCUGCUUUUGAAUUGCAUUAUAGGCUCUUGAUCCUUCUUUCAACAACUUUUAACCUUGAAAACUUUGAAAAAGGGACUUUUAUGAAGAUUAUUAAUAGUUUAAAUGAGUAAUGUCACACGAGUAGCAGUGCGAUAUGGCUGUAUAUCGGCACUGGUGGGAGGCGUGCGUUGGCUCGAAGUCGCAGGUCGAGUGUUUUAGUGUCCCACCAGUGAUGAUAUACAGUAAUAUCACACUGCCACGAGUGUGAUAUUGCGUUUAUACAACAGUUCGACGACAUAAUCGUGUGUAGAAAAAAGAAAAUUAAACAUGGAGGGUCUAAAAACCCUUUUGUAUGAGGAACUACUUUCUUCCGCCCAUUCAUUCACAUCUGCAGCUGACGUCAGAACAGCAGAAACUGUUGCUACUUCACCAGCAUCACUUUAGAGCUAGUGUUUGAAUGAUUCUCUAGCGUAAUGUCUGAAAUGAUGACAAAACACCUGAUUUUGCUCACAUUUUAAGAUUAUAAUACUGAACGGCAUGAAAUGCCAUCAGUCUACAGAGAUUUCCCAGUAUUUCUCUGUUGCAAUCAGGAUUUCACAAUAAUUAACCCCGAAAAAGCCAAAGCAGAUUGCUAUGGUAUAAAUACAGCACUACAACAUACAAAAGAGAGAGAUCGACUUGCUACUUACCUGUUAUGAUGUGUUCAGCUGUAGUUUGAAACGUACAUUGAAAAUGCUGUUUUUCUCCUCUAAUGACUUAUUAUGUCGCCAUCUUGUGGCAGAACACCAACACGCUGAAUCCGAAAUUCUGAACUCCGAAAUUAUAAAUGUUUAAAACAGGCACUAUCCUUAUAAAUAAACUGCAGAGUUGCAAUCUAAACAACUACAUUCUCACCUAAAAAAGCCUCAAAAGUACAUUAUGUUGUCCAACAGCUGCAAUAUUUGUCAAACUGUAGUGUUCCCUGCUUGCCACACGUGUGGGAGGAGUAAUACACAAGGGUGAAGAGGCUGUACAAGUGCUGAUUUUACUUUAAUAUCUCACAGCUAUCAGCCAGUCAGAUUUGUUGUAUAAAGUGCUAUAUUGUCUAUGUUGGUGUUGUAUAUUUCUUUAAGACAUUAUUUCUUCUACAUUAUAUUAUUACUAAAAUGCCAAUAAAAGUCACUGUGUUAUACUGUAGUGUUGAAUUUUCAACAUCACAAGUCGACAGAGCAGAGAUCAACAUCCCAUGAUGCAAUUCACAACCGUAAAUAAACCAAACACACUUGUGAAUCACAAAAUACGGAAACUGUUAAAUAGCAGAUAAUUAUUACAGUGUGUGUCACCUGUACAUCUCAAAACUACCCAAAACUUGGAUUAUUAUUUGUGGAAAACUUUACCAUGUUGUUUAUAUAAUAGUAGAAUCCACUAUUUGGAUGAUAAAAGAGAAUUUACUUCUUAAUAUGAAGCUCAUACCCAUUAUUAAAAAAAUCACUGUAAAAAACCUGCAAAAUACCUUGGGGGUAUUACUAAAACGAUAAUAGUAAAACGGUAUUAUUUGAUAUUAUUAAAGUGGUAUUAUUCUGUAAUGGGUGUGUAUUUAGGAUCCUUCAGAAUGCACUGUUUUUAUAGGAUAUUACAUAUUCACAGAAUAUUACCAUUGUAGUGAGAAAACAAAAUCUCUAGUCUACAAUAUGGCUGAUUUUUUUACAGGAGUUUUUUUACAGUGCUCUAAAAAAUGAUGGGUUGUUAUAACCAUAAUUUUGGGUCAAAUGUUUGAAUAUAAAUGUUUGCAAACCCAAUGUUGUUUACAUUUUUUAUUCAAUUUGAAUGACUCUUUUUAACCCAAUAAUUGGGUGUGUGCAUAUUUUGACCUAACCUAACAACUCAUCAUUUUUAGGGUACUUAGUUUGCUCUAAAAAUUGCUGGGUUGUUGUAGUCAUAAUAUUGGGUCAAAUAUUCUCAAACCCAAUUUUAUUUUAGUUUUUUUCAAUUACAUUUAAAUGACGCUUUUUAACCCAACAGUUGAAUUUAUACAUAUUAUGACCCAACAUAACAACUCAGCAUUUUUAGGGUGUUUAGUUAGCUCUAAAAAACAUUGGAUUGUUGUAACUAUAAUGUUGGGUCAAAUAUUCACAAGCCCAAUUUGUUUUGUGGUUUUUUUUUUCAAUCAAAUGAUGCUUUUUAACCAAACUUGUUGGGUUUUUAACCAAAUGUUGGGUUUAUGCAUAUUUUAUCCCAACCUAACCAGCAUUUUUAGAGUGUUUAGUUCCCUCUAAAAAUGCUGGGUUGUUGUAACCAUAAUGUUGAGUCAAAUAUUUGCAAACCCAAUGUUGUUUUCAUUUUUAAAUUUAAUUUGAAUUACACAUUUUAACUUAACACUUGGGUUUGUCCCUAUUAUGACCCAACCUAACAACGCAGCAUUUUAGGGUGUUUAGUUAACUCUAAAAACAUUGGAUUGCUGUUUCCAUAAUGUUGGGUCAAAUAUUCACAAACCCAAUGUUGUUUUAUUUUUUCAAUUAAAUUUAAAUGAUGCUUUUUAACCAAACUGCUAGGUUUGUGCAUAGUUUAACCCAACCUAACAAGCCAGCACUUUUAGAGUGUUUAGUUCCCUCUAAAAAUGCUGGAUUGUUGCAACCAUAAUGUUGAAUCAAAUAUUUGCAAACCCAAUGUUGUUUUAAUUUUUAAAUUCAAUUUAAAUGACACAUUUUAACCCAGCAGUUGCGUUUGUCCAUAUUUUAACCCAACCUAACAAUCCAGCAUUUUUAAAGUGUUUAGUUAGCUCUAAAAAUGCUGGGUUUGGGAAAACCAUUGUGUUGGGUCAAAUAUUUGCAAACCCAAUGCUGUUUUAAUUUUUAAAUUCAAUUUAAAUGACAAAUUUUAACCCAACAGUUGGGUUUUUUCCAUAUUUUUUCCAUAUUUUGACCCAACCGAACAACCCAACAUUCUUAGAGCGUUUGUCAAUUCAGUAUAUAAAGUAAUCCCAGUACUUGAUGCUCAUGAAAUCUGUCCAGUUUACAUUCACCUGAAAUAUAAGGACAUUAUUUUCUUGAUAAUCUACAACAUUUCCCUCAAUUCACAUUACUAUAAUUCCCCAAAUCCCUUUAAACUGAUUGUCUUGCUUUUUUAUCAUUAUAUUUAAAAUCAUAUUUUUAAUAAAUCAUAUUUAAAUGAUAAUAUAAGCAUGAUACAGUAAUAAACAUUGUAAUUUCUGCAAAAAUACUUGUUGUAAGCUGGACAUGUUUUCAUGAGGAUUCCCCCUUGAUUUCGUAGCAGGUUAUGAACAAAGUCUUAAUCUGAAGCUAUUUGGAAAUGUACCUCUGUUAUGAAGUGUAAAUCAAAAUGACCUGUUGACAAAUGCUCUUUGGUUUGUAUACAUUUAGCAUGAAUUAAUUCGCAUGUCAGCUUUUAAUGCUUAAAAUACGAAGAUGUGCACAAACAAUAAGGAGUUAUUAGUGUAAAGGAGAGCAAAGGGGCCAGUUGUUGAACACAUUUAGGGUAAAGUUCACUGCAUGGACCCUGAAGGAGCGUUUUAUCUCAUGUUGGACUGUUGUUCAGUCAUCAAGCCCAUAAAGGUUAAUGUCGUGAGGCAAAAAAAACACCUGCUAAUGAGAAUAAAAACAC